GCAAGGUGUCCAAUAUGAAACGGCUCCAGUGAGCAGGAGCUUUACGUGGGCAGCUUCUCAUUCGGAGGGGAGGAAGCUGUAGCUAGCUGCCUGGGUCUGUGUGCGCCGAGGCCAGGCGCUUCUCCGCCGCCUGGCAGCAGAGCGGGGACGGGGAGCAGCCGAGUCCCGGGUCCUGAGCCCCAGGAGGUGGAUGGGGGCUGUUUCCCAACCCGCGAGCAGCCCAGCCGGGGAAAGGCGGGCGCUGUAACUUCGCCAUGGGCUGCCGGAGGCUCCGAGGGGGCAGGCAGCUGCUGCAUGGAGUUUAAAGAGAGCCCUGCCUGGGGAGAUGGAGCACUGACGGCCCCGGGGCGCACCUGGACUGCCCGGGUCACCUGUCCCGCUGCCGGAGAUCGAUACAAAGUCUCACCCCUCUUUCCCUUCCCCCGCCCUAUGCACCCCAAGAAACGAGGAACGCGGGAACCCCGCCAACGCCAGUGGUUGCCUCGGGGGCUGCAUGUUUUCUACCCACUUUGUGUGUGACCGGAGAUUUCUCGUCUUGGGCGGAGAGAAAUAAACCACCAACGCCCCCCCGGCCAGCAGCGACCUGGAGGGGGGCAGAGGGAGCCAGGGAAAAACCUGUAGCGGCCGAGGCGCCUGCUUGACAGGGAGAAGAUGCCAUUCCACCAUGUAACGGCUGGCCUGUUAUACAAGGGGAACUACCUGAAUCGAUCGCUCUCUGCUGGCAGUGACAGUGAACAGCUAGCCAAUAUCUCUGUGGAGGAAUUGGAUGAAAUCCGUGAAGCCUUUCGGGUGCUGGACAGAGACGGGAAUGGCUUUAUUUCCAAGCAGGAGCUGGGCAUGGCUAUGCGUUCUUUGGGAUACAUGCCUAGUGAGGUGGAAUUGGCAAUUAUCAUGCAGCGCCUUGAUAUGGAUGGGGAUGGCCAGGUUGAUUUUGAUGAAUUUAUGACCAUUCUUGGACCUAAGCUGGUAUCUUCAGAAGGGAGAGAUGGUUUUCUUGGAAAUACAAUAGACAGCAUUUUCUGGCAGUUUGACAUGCAAAGGAUAACACUGGAAGAGCUCAAACAUAUUCUGUAUCAUGCAUUCCAGGACCAUUUAACAAUGAAGGACAUUGAAAACAUCAUCAUCAACGAGGAGGAGAGUUUAAAUGAAAACUCUGGCAAUUGCCAACCAGAGUUUGAAGUUCACUCCCAGAAACAGAACAGACAGACCUGUGUACGGAAGAGCCUUAUAUGUGCAUUUGCCAUGGCCUUUAUUAUAAGCGUCAUGUUGAUUGCAGCCAACCAGAUCCUCCGGAGCGGCAUGGAAUAGCCUUUCACCGUAACACUGUGAACCAAACUAACCAUGCAUGUGCAUGCCAACGGGUGAACUUUUUCCUCAGUCAACUUUGAAAAGGAAAAUAAAAGACGGGCAGAUAAAGAACCAGUCGACAAGGAACCCGAGGCCAGCAGCGUAAUAUGGCUUGUGAAUCAACUACAUCCUCUUCGCAGGGACAUAAAAGGGCUGUCUUAAUGCUUUAAUGGUUUCGUUUCCUAAUGCAAUAAACAUACAGGAGUCCUGAAUUAUUGCUUCAAAACAGCAGUGGUAACUUGGAGAGUUAUAUUUUGUGAUUCUGAAGAAGCCCAGCCUCACAAUCUAUUUUUGUGGGCUGUCUUUUAACCUACGGGCCAACAGACUAUUUCAAGCAGCUUUCCAGGAGUUCUACAUUCCUAGGAAGUCGAUCAUAGUGUAGCCACAAGCAAAUACAGUUUUACUUCACAUACUUUGCUACAUUUUCCCUUACGACUGUGCCCACAAGUCUACGGCAGUGGAGGGGAACUAGAAAGUUCUUGUAUAGUAUUUUCAAGUUUUAAAAAGGAAAAUUUGCUAGUAUUGUGCAAUUUCUAUUUUUUUUGUUUUUAAACCCACCUUUGACACAAGAUUGUGGGGGAAGCACUUCGUGCGAUUUUUUUCUGUUUCAAUCAGGGCUUUUAAAAAAGCUUGCUUUAGCACAUGGGCAUUUUAAAAAUCUGUGCACAGUCUUCCUACUUAGUCUGCAACCAGCGCUACCAAUUAAAGAUCAUCAUAUCUGGCUCCAUCUGUGCAUCAAAUGUCACUUGUUUUCAAUCAAACUCGCUUUUGCCCUUGCUCUAAAUUGGUCUUGCACAAGCUUCUCAGACACCAAAAUCAUAGAAGAAAUCUUUCGAUAAAACAAUAUUUGUUGGAGUCCUGGCUCCAAUCACAUGCCUUGUUAUGGAAAUAAGGUAUCAGAAGUCUCUAUGCUAGGCACCUCCUGUAAAAAAAAAAAAAAAAUAUAUAUAUAUAUAUAUAUAUAUAGUUGCUCACACCUUUGACUUUUUGGUGUUGUUUGUUUUUGAUCAUUCGACUGUUCUGUCUCUUAUCAGGGGCAGUUUUCGCCCUUGUGUGUAGGCUCAAGGCAGAGAAAACUGAAAAGCAGAAAGCAACAAGCAGUGGAAGAGCUCAGACUAGAAAAUACUGCCAUAUGGUACAUAGCAUGUUAGCCGUUCAGAUCCUGAGAGUUACUCAUUUUUCCUGGAAGAGAUUUUUCACGAGCGGCAUAAACAAGAUCAGGGAGUUAUGUACUCAAAAAGGUACAACACGUACUGGGAAGAGCGCAAGGACCACGCAUGCUUGAUGCCAGGAUCAAGUAUGGAAUUUUUAUUUUUUUUAAACGAGGCAUGAUCCUGCAUUUAGCUUUGAACGAUCCUUGCGUCAUCUGGGUAUGAGGUAUGGAGGAAAGUCACCUGCUAUUGUCAAAUGGACAGUGUGUGUCUGGGGAGGAAAGAAGGCAUAGGGUGUGUUUCUUUAGAUACCUGAGUGUAGGGAUAGAGCCAUAAGAGUGCUGGAGCCUAGUGCUGCCAGCUACAUUAGAUGCCCCCAAGGGGGUGGAAAGUGUCACUGUGAAAGUGGGGCCAAGGAGCAUAUGCUUCACCUUUUCAAAGGGAGGCAGAGCUUCAUCUCCAAACACAUACUUCCCCUGGACUCUCAGUGGAACUUUGGGUGUGCCAGCCAGAAUUACUGUAGACACACAGCAUGGUCCAUGCCUUCUCUCCUCCCUACAAUGAAGCCAAGCCUCUUAAACCCUAAUCUGUCCUGAAAACUAAUGUCAUGUCUUUUUGUUAUAUGUAAUGCAUAUUUUUAUUAGGUCUGAUUAAAAAGUGAUCACAAUGGAAACAUUCCUUCCUCUUCUUCUGUCUCUUCCCCCAUCUACGGACAGUUCAGCCAUUCACAGUGAACGUGUUCAAUAUCUGGCAUGGAUUUGCUUUCCUCUCCCCACACCCUUUCAAGCCUAAAUCCACAAACUUUUCAUCAUCCAUCUUUUCCCUGUUUCUGAGCAAGACAACUUUUUUCAAAGCAACCAUGCAAUUUUUCUGCUUAGGUUUCAGGAUGACAACACACACACACACCCCCCCCCCCUCAUUUCUGUUCUACUGUGGCUAAAAUUGGAUCAAUGAGUAGAAUAUUCUCUGAGAAGCAUUCUUUCUCCCAGAAGGAGAGAUUUACACACAGUAUGGGACAGGAACGGACUUCAAACAAAAUCAAAUCCUGGGAGAGUUCUAAAACACAUACGUCUCAUUGCUAGGGAACAGAGAUAGAGUUAAAGGCUUUCUGUAAGGGACCCGACAGAUCUAGUUGACUAAUGAGCAUUGUGAUCUUGAUGCUGUAAAUGUGGAUGACAGUUUCACGUCUCAGGGGCAUGAUGAAAGUGGCAUCACCGGAACACAGCAUCAACACUACUUAUCACUGGGUGAUGUUUAUUAACAAUUUGCAGUUACUGCCUGGAGGCUUAACACUUCUUGCUUAAUAUUCCUAGUUGAUGGACCAUAUUGGUGCCUUUUGAAAGUCAGAAACCAGCAUUCCACACGGAGAGCAACUGAAGCCGGAGACAAGUGUUCAGUCAUGGCCUGACCCAGCCCCUCAGUGUAGUUUCCUGGGGAGCUGGAUCAGAUCACUGGGCCAAAGCAAGACCCUUCCCUCUGGUACAAAACUCCCAUUGAGAUCAGUGCGAGUUUUGCCUGAGAAAACUUGGCUCUGGGUACAUUAAUGAACCAACAUGAGUGUGUUGAUCAGUAUAAUAAUAGUAAACAAAAAAGUCACCAGCGUUUGGCAAGUCUCAAUGAUUUUAAUCAUCUCCAAUUCCUGAAAACAAUGCAUGGAUUUCAGUUGGUGUUCUUUAGGUUUUAGUUUACAUAAAAACAGGGUUGUAAUUUCAUAUUGUUCAGCAUAAAUAUUAAAUUGUUACUAUAGAAUAUUAGGUUACAUAAAAGGACUCAAACACAUGUUUCCGUUCUUGGUCAGUUACUUAGAAUUAGAGAAAUCCAAAGCCAUGUAACAUUUGAUUCAUAAAUAGGAAUUCGGACUUUGAAAACUCAUCCUCAACCACAGUUAAAAGCUCUGUUCUCAUUCCCACAUGGAGGGGAGCCUGGCAUGUAACAGGAGUGAGAUAAAUCCUGCCCUCCAAAAUACAGGCACACAGUACUGCAUAUUUAGUACUAUUAACUUCUGCACAUGGGCAUGUCUUGCACAUCGGUCACUCACUCCACCACCAUGACACUACAAGUUCCAUGGGAAUUUCAGUGGCUGCUCCGCAUUGCCAUUCAGUAUGAAAACGCUAUCGCUAAGGCAAUACAAAACAUGUGCAAAGUGUCACAGAAACAUGCAACAAUUUCUUAAAGAACAUGCAGCCCAACUUCCUUAGUACUGGUCAAACAGUAUUGGAGCCAAGAACUGAUAAGCUUAGCCUGCCUUUUCGUUCAUGCAUCAUUCCCAGAUUCUGCAAAUACACUUGUAUGUAAGGGCUUGUCUAGGUGGAGGGUUGCACUGGUUUGUCUAACUGUGAAAUUCAGAUUAAUUUAAACUGGUGGAAAACCCCUAAGUGGACACACUUAUUUCAAUUUAAGUGUAGACUUAUUCUGGGUUAGCUAAACCAAACUAAGCCAAUGAGAUUUGGACUGCAUCAGUUUGAUCAAACCAGUGUAAAUCUGCAUGUAGACAAGCCCUAAGCUUUUGCCAUUGAUUGGACAGUUCUUAUGUCCGUUAGUGAAUGGAGAGUUACAGGCAUCUGGAAUUUGUGGUGUGGGAUUGCUCAUGUGGAUUUACUGCUUCCUAAUUGAAGGACAAACUUUUUAAAAACAGGAGACUACUGAACAACAAGAAAAAGCUCAUCUGAGAAUAAGAAUUUUGGUAUUCUCCGGUAUUUCCAUGAAGACGGAACAAAUCUGGUAAUUCCUGAGCAGCUAAGCGUAUGAGCCUCACAAAAAGCUGAAUAUGAGGUUAUUGGUUUAUUUCUUACCCUACUCUCUACAGGUUUGGCAAACUGGGAUUGUAUCCAUGUAACGAGGAUUCUGGCUUGGUCUUAGGUGAUCCAAAAUGAAAUUUUAGCCAGGUUCAGGAAUAUUUUUCAUCCUGAUGCUCUACAUUUAAAAAGGUAGAUCUUGGUUUUCAAAAGACAUUGAGCACCUGGUCACUUCAGUUGGAAUUCUAGGCACUCAGCACCUCUGAAAAAUGUUUUGAGGUUUUCAUAGGGGUUUAUUUAUGGUACAGUCUUGGAUCAGGAAGCAGACAGCUUUGUGUUUCUUUAACCUUUUGCUACCAAGUUGCUACUCGCACCAUUGUUAACUUUCCACAAGAGAAUGCUUGUAGCAAAUUUGGGUAUAAAUUCAAUUACCAGUCAGCAGAUAAUGAGCAUUUUGCCCAGACAUAUCUUAGAAAAUUCAGUUGACUCUCUGGAACAGUUAUCUUGUGAUGAAUCCUAGGGUCAAAGAAAAAACUCUAAACCAUACCCCAACACACUGAAAGUUAUCAUCUAAAUUUCUCAAGCUGUCUAGGUGAAUACAGAGUUUAGCACAAACACAUUUUAUCCCCAUCAAGAGAACUGAGAAUUCUGUCUGAACCCAUUUAUUAGCUCUGAUCUCUAAUACUACCUCCACGGCCCUGCUACCUAACCGUCCUCAUCACCACUGCACCGCACAGAAUCUCCCUAAGAGACUCUGACUUGGGUGGCAGAGUUUACGGGGACAGAACAUGGAAGAGGACAUCUGCUUCUCAGUCUACCUCUUACUCCUCCCACAAGAUAACCCUAUUCUAAUCUUGCUGAGGCCAGAGUUAAAGUUGUGCAUUUGAGCGUGAUUUUGAGGGACUGGGUACAGACAGGUCACACUAAGUAUUCUAGGUGUGUACUCGCAGACUGAUGUUUAGAUGGCAGGACCUGUGAAUUGGUGGAUCAGGAAGUUGGUGGGGCUUUUACUGGCAAUGUCCUUGUAUUCUAGUGACUGUAUCAAAAAGAUAAUGCACUUGCACAACCUAAACUCUACAUUAUGGGGGGUGGAGGGGAGAUCAUCCUCGCCCCCCUCCAGGAGUUUAGAUGAUUUCAAGAAUAUGUCAUCCUAAGAUUAUCAGUCACAGCAUCCUAGUGAGCUCUCAUCUAUGUUAUUGAUCUGAUUGAACACAGCCCAGAACAAAGACUGUACAGUAAUUAGGUCAAUAGGUGUUAGAUUAGUAGGGGAGAGAAUCUUUCUAUGCUUGAAGUGUGUUGAGUGCUUCUGGCUUCUUAUGAAGAACUCGAAGAAUGCCUGCUGGAACUCAGCACAGGACUGCGACCCCCGUCCACAGUUCCAAUGCUAUAGAUGAAAUUCCAGUUUGAAGUGCUCACAUAAUACAAGGAGACUUACACCAUUCCCUCUCCCUUAUCCAUUCAAGGUUUUAUAUUUCACUGCAACUUUUAUGCACAUGUAUGUACACACAGUGCUGUCAAGAACGGUCAUCCCUCAGAAGCAAGAAAUUAACAGUCCCAAUUUAGAUGGAGGUCUGCGACAGGAAAAAUGGUAUUUUGAUCGUCCACAGAAAGGAGUUAUGAUUAAUAAGAAUGAGGCUCUCUAUAAUGCAUUAUAUCUGGUGGUAAAGUAGAGUUUGUGGUCUUAAAUUUUAAAAAAAAGUUGGUCAUCUUAAUCUCAUAAGAGCUUUAAGUCUGACCAAAUGUCUUGACUCUCAUAUAUUCAUGCUUAAAUGGAGGAACAAGUCUUAUAGGAGCCAUAUCUUAGUGAAAUAAUAGACUAUACUCUGAUGUCAGGAAAUCUAGUGGCAGAGCUGUCAGUUUCUAGGAAAGUAACAGGCUUUAUUCUAAGAAUUUAAUAGAGAACAUUCACUGUCAUCUCUCCAUUUUGGCUGCCAUUUUCAUGAGGGCUAUCACUGAUUCUCUUUUAUUCACGUACAUUAAUUUUAACUUUCUGGGUCAAAGGGAACACACAGAUUUCUGCCAGAAAUAUUUCUUAUAAAUCUCAGGAAUAUGCACUAUCUCUGAAGGGACUUCCCAAUUCAAGUCUGCAAAUUCUAAUGCGCUCUCAUUUGGAAGGAAGAGGGCAAGUUAAAUCUAGUAUUCAGCCAAAAUCCCUCAGAAUUUUGCUUGAGGUUGAACAGAAUUAAGAAUGCAUGAUUUUCCCUCCCUGCCCUAUGGUCAGCUACACUGAAAAUUCCUCUUUGUAGGGAAGUAACACUAGUGAUGGGGCGGGGGAGGGGAAGAGUAGUAAUGGGAGGAAUGUGUCGGAAGAUGGGG